GGCGGAGUUGUCAGCAAGGUUCUAGAAACACCUGGUUUCCACAGCUGUUGUUCAGAAAGUCUUGGAGAGACAUCACAGAAGGUCCAGCUACAGAACUGAACAGGAAGGCUGACAUUCUGUACCUGGUCUUACACCUGAUUUAACCUGGAAGCUCAGGGCUGAGAACACAUCGGUGCAACACAAUUGGACAUCUCUUAACUUGCUCCAGAAGACCACUGAUUGUUCCAGGUUAAAAAAAGAGCUUCUUGGAGAGAUUGUUCCUGAAAAGAUGCAAGAUGUACCUUAGCCUUGUAGUAGAUACCUUGAGAGAUCCUGCUCACUUUCACUUUUUAUAUGAACAAAAAAGGGGAUUGAAAGCAUUCUAAGUAUUUGCAGUAGUCCAGCCAAAUACAUGCAGAAUGAGAUGGCAGGUAACAUCCACCCUACAGAUGUGUGUCCCCAUCUAAGCUAGGUCAGUUUCUUCCUGAUACAAUGGAAGGUGAUUCUAUGACUUAUCUUGACAUUUUACAAGAAAAUGAAUGCAUUAACAAAGAAAAAGAUACCACAGCCUGUAAAGCAGAAGAGGAGUACUUUUACAGAGGAGGAAAAGUCACCUGGUUAAACUUUUACCUUUCUGAGAUGCAAGAAUCCCUACCUUUUAUCAAAAGGGAUAAGUAUGAAGAUCUGAAUAGCUUAAUUAAAAAACAAAGCAAGCUUUCCAAAAGCUUAGUUUGUGUGAAUUUAUUUCAUUAUCCAGGCUGUGGUGGAACUACUUUAGCCAAGCAUGUUUUGUGGGAUUUGAGGAAAACAUUCAAAUGUGCCGUGCUUAACAAUAACUUUGCUAAGGGAGCUGCCAUUGCUGGUCAGGUGCUAGACUUGUUCGUAAAUGGAGGACAGAAACAGACUGUACUCCUUUUAGUAGAUGAUUUGAAAGCAUCUGAAAAUAUCAAAGAACUGCAAAAGUACAUCCUAGAUGGCAUUGAAAAAAAAAACAUUCAUUGUAACAGCCCAGUGGUUAUAAUUCUGAGCUGCAUAAGAUCUGAGAGUCCUGUAGAAAGCAUGACUACAAGCUUCACAGACAGCGUGUGCAUAACCAACAAACUGUCAGAGAUAGAACAAUCCUCAUUUGAGAAAAAACUACAGGAGAUACAAAAAUCUCAUGAAAAUCACAAAACCUUCUAUGGAUUUCUGAUCAUGAGAAAUGGUUUUAAGAAAAGCUAUGUUGAAGAUGUCGUCCAAGAAAUGUUCAAGGACAGACAAGAACACAGUAAAGAAGCACAGCUAAUUUCCUUUCUAGCCUUGUUGAAUUCUUAUGUUUCCAAUUCUUCAUUGUUAGGGUCUGUUUGUGAGAGUUUUCUACGCUCUAAAGAUCGAGUGCAUGGCAGUAAACCUGUGGAAGAACAGAUGGAGUCUUUUUCUGGUCUUUUAAUUCGUUUUAAAAAUUCAGUGAAGACUGAGAGAGUACGCAUGGCUCAUAAAAUGAUUGCCACUCAGUGUUGUGAAGAGCUGGAAGCAAAAGAAAUAAGCAGAAGCAAGAUUACAAAAGACCUGCUCUCGUCUUUAUUUGUGAAGGAAAUGGAUGAUGAUCCUUUGCUUAUGCGUGACAUACAAGAUAUGCUGGUCACAAGGCAAAAAAGCACCAAGUUUUCUCAAUUGAUUGAAGACAUACGUGGGGGUGAGAGAAGCAAAGGCAAAUGUAUUGCAGUUUUGACCACAGCGGCCAAGUUGUUUGUAAAGAGUGCAGUUAUUCCUCAAGCUCUGGCAAGGUUUUAUUAUAUCAUAGAGAAAAACUAUUCAAAGGCAAGUGAAUGGGCAAAAUGUGCUAAAGAGCGAAAUGAAAACAAUUCGUUUGUUGCUGAUACUUUAGGCCAGGUUUACAAAUAUGAAAUGAAACAAAAACAAAAACAUCGCCCUGAUCAGUUGGAUAUAUUUCUCAGUGUGGCGAAAGAUUCCAUUGAUGCAUUUCAAGAGGAACAGGUUUUAGCUAAAAAAGAAGGUCCAGUUGACUUAGAAAAUCAGUGGAGUAGAAAAAGGACCUCGAUUUAUAAUACCAAUGGGCUCUUUGGCGAGUUACAAGUCGCUAGCUACGUCUUUGACACUCUUUCCACUUUGCACCCACUUCAAGAGGAAAUGAAGAAAUUCUUAAGAUAUGAAUUGCAAAUUGACAGCAUCUGUAAAAAUGACAAUAACAAACAGUUCCUUCAGAUACUCAAGAAGAAGCCUUUUCUUACCACACUGAAAAGCCGUGUUAAAAUAGUUUUUGGUUUUUAUGAGUCUUAUCUCACUUACUCCAAACCAAGUCAGAUGAAAGAAGAGAGUGGAUAUAUUCACAAAGAAGUGGCUGACUGUUUUCUGAAGUAUACAAGUUCUGAAUGUAACAGUAAUGUAGAAACCGAAGCUGUCGAUCAGAACAGGAAAUACCUAGAGGCCCAAAGAGCGGCAAGUUUUCCAGGACUCCUUCACUGCCUCUCUGAGAGAAGAGAUGCUGCCACAAUGGAGAAAAUUAAACAGAGUUGGCAAUGCAUUUAUAACUCAAGUACAAAAACAAAAGAAGAUGACUUAAACUUUAUCUUGGCGAACGUUGUCCUGAACUGCAUCAACCCCAAGUCUGUGAAUAUUAUAAAUCACACAGAACUGGAAUUUAUCCUGAAAAAUGUACUGUCAGAUGAAAAGGAAGAUGAACCUCAAACCUCAGCAGAAAUGUAUUUCCUAGCUUUGGUGCUGUUGUGGCCCCAAGAAGAGACCAAGUUAUAUGUGGAAAAGAUCUGGAAAUGCUUUCAGAACCAGUAUGAACUCCAUUUUCGUUCAAGAUUUAUUGUACCUCAUUUCUUCCUUGGACAGUCCUCAGGAUUGAACAGAGUUGUUCACAAGUCCAAAAUCGAUACCUGCUUUAAUGGUUUUUCUGAGACUAUAAACAUGCUUUGGCACAGUGGAGAAGUAUGGAAAAAUGAUAAGGUAAAAAAACUGCUGUGUCGUGUAGAAGGCAGAACUGAGGGUUAUGAGGUGUUUGCUCAGCACGGCAAAGUAAAAAUCAGAGUGCAGCCUGACAAAAGAGCAGAUGUAAGAAAUGACCAUAAAGUCUCUUUUUUCCUUGGCUUUAGCAUUAAAGGGCCAGUUGCAUAUGAUAUUCAGUACCCUGGAAGAAGCCCUGUAGAGAGCAAGUGAAAUUGUUCAUAACAGAAAAGGCUUCUGUAGUUUGCUGCACACAGUGCCAGCAUCUGGGGGAGUGCAGAGACCCAACUGCACCCGGGCCCAGACUUGAGGGAGGGGGGAGGGGGGCAUAUAAUGUGUAUUCAUAUAAUGUUGUUUUCACUUCUGAGUUAUAUUGAAUGCAUUUGUACUAUGGGCUAGGUCUUGAGAUGCAGACACAUGUUUUUUUUUCAUAGGAACGUUUUGCAUGUAUUGCAUAUACUAAGUUUUGUAUUUGUAUUCAAUUCAAUUGAUAACUUUUAGGCAUCAGCUCUUGCCAGUUCUAGUGGGAUUAGAACAAUCAAAACACAAAUUCGCAAAUUGCACCAGAGCUUUGACAAUAGAUACAUUUUAAAGGUCAUGUGACAAUAGGUCAGCUUUAAAGGUCAUGUGAUUGCUCAGCUGCCUCAUGUGACACAAGCUUUUUAUUAUUUUACAUUAUUUA